CGAGCGCUCUGGUUCCAAGUGCGACCCCGGUCCUUCGGACGGAAGCUGGAAGUGUGGGUGGCCGCGGGAACUGGACUGGGCUUCGCGGAGACCUGUGCGGCUGGAGCAGCCGUCGGUGCGGCUGACUGCGCUCCCUGCUCCUCCCCUCCGUGCACCCGGGCGCCAUGAAGGAUUCGCUGGUGCUGCUGAGCCGCGUCUCGGCGCACCCGGACUCUCGCUGCUGGUUCUUGGCUUGGAACCCCACGGGGACGCUGCUGGCCUCGUGCGGUGGCGACCGGAGAAUCCGCAUCUGGGGCACCGAAGGUGACAGCUGGAUCUGCAAGUCUGUCCUUUCCGAGGGCCACCAGCGCACCGUGCGGAAGGUGGCCUGGUCACCCUGUGGGAACUACCUGGCCUCCGCCAGCUUUGAUGCCACCACUUGCAUCUGGAAGAAGACCCAGGAUGACUUUGAGUGUGUCACCACACUAGAGGGCCACGAAAAUGAGGUCAAGUCCGUGGCUUGGGCCCCAUCUGGCAACCUCCUGGCCACCUGUAGCCGAGAUAAGAGUGUAUGGGUUUGGGAAGUUGAUGAAGAGGAUGAGUACGAAUGCGUCAGUGUUCUCAACUCCCACACGCAGGAUGUCAAGCAUGUGGUCUGGCACCCGAGCCAGGAGCUGCUAGCCUCUGCCAGCUACGAUGACACCGUGAAGCUCUACCGGGAGGAAGAGGAUGACUGGGUGUGCUGCGCCACCCUGGAGGGCCACGAAUCCACUGUGUGGAGCGUGGCCUUUGACCCUAGUGGCCAGCGGUUGGCAUCAUGCAGUGACGACCGCACCGUGCGCAUCUGGCGCCAGUAUCUACCAGGCAAUGAGCAAGGACUGGUGUGCAGCAGCUCUGCCCCCACCUGGAAGUGUGUCUGCACUUUGUCUGGCUUCCACUCCAGGGCCAUCUAUGACAUUGCUUGGUGCCAGCUGACGGGUGCCCUGGCUACAGCAUGUGGGGACGAUGCCAUCCGAGUGUUUGAGGAGGAUCCCAGCUCUGACCCGCAGCAGCCCACCUUCUCCCUGACGGCCCAUUUGCGCCAGGCCCAUUCCCAAGAUGUCAACUGUGUGGCCUGGAACCCCAAGGAGCGGGGACUUCUGGCUUCCUGCAGUGACGAUGGAGAGGUGGCCUUCUGGAAGUAUCAGCAGCCCGAAGCCCUCUGAGCUCCUGGCUUUGGGAUCGUGAGGCCCCAGAAAGUGUGCUAAGACUGUCGGUCCCAAGAAAACCUGGAGUUACCUUAGCUGACAUCCGUGCAGAUUCAAGUGCAAUGUGGAGCCAUAGAAUCACGUACUCACGCCCCUGCUGACAUGAGGCCCUCAGUGAAGAGCUAGGGAACGUGGGCCUUUGGUAGUUAGGCCACACAGUUUGCUUGCUUUGGAACUGUUACAUUCAGGGUGUAUAGUGGAGAGAGCACAAUAUUUGUGUGCUCUGUAUGUGUUUG